AUGGACUUGGCAGAAACUAUGAAAAAUAUUGUUGCCAAAGGUAUGCAAACCGAAAUGGGACCACCAGGUGGAGGAUCAGGUUAUCCUGGAACACCAAGUAGUGCUGGUUAUGUUACUGAGAAAAUGUAUAUGUUAUUACAAGCCUAUCUUCAAAACAAAGGUUGGAAUCCAAGCAUCGAACUACUGCAAUGCUUUUCUGAAUUUAAAGAUGCAUCUAUGAUUCCAAGUGCUGCCUAUUUGCAGAUGAUGGCAUCAAGAAUUGCUCUGGAUUCUCAGGGAAGACUAGUUCUUAGGGAAAAUGGAAAAAUAAUAUUGCCAUAUGAACAUUUUGCAAAUGCUGUGAUGUUAAAGCAUAUGAAUGGUCCACAUGGUCUACAUUUAGGCUUGGAAGGGACAGUUAGAGCUGUUAUGGAAUCAUAUACUAUUGGACGAGAAUGCUUUGGUAUGGAAAAAGAAUUUAUAAUAGAAGUGGUACAAAACUGUCCAAAUCCUGCUUGUCGUUAUUACAAAAAUCAACUCGAAUUAACUCAAAAAAUGGGACAUAUGGCACCAACUUAUAUUCAGGAAAAUGAAACAACAGCUUCUCUUUUACGUAGUAGUUUUCCUCAUAAUACAGAUUUUCAAGCAACAUUAAGCACUGCUAAUCCAAAUACUCAUAUGGGAGGAUCAACAACAGAUUUGACUGAAAUGAGAAGUGCUGGAAACCAAAUAAAUCUUCAACGUCCUCCAAGCCGUCCAUCAUUAAAUAUUCCACAUCGACCUGUGUCACAAGAAAAAAAAACCACUGGCAAACAACAUUAUGAAUCUUUAGUAUCUAAUAUUCCAAUAUCUGAUCAUAAAUUAACAGAUUUCUUAAGAACGAAUUUGGAUAAUUUGGACAAUCUCAGUGGACUUGGUUUGGGAAAUUUACAAGGAAUAGGAAAUGCAAAUAAAGAUUUAUUAGCUUUACAUAAUGGAGCUUGGCCAUUAGAAAAUGAGAAAGGAUCUCGGGCAUCUUCAAAUUCAGAAGGAGGACAAGAAAAAAUCGUAAGAGCUUUUGCAGAAGUUAUGAAGAAUAUGGCAAGAAUGAAAGCUUGUGUACGUCCUGCGAUGUGUAAACCAUAUGGGAAACAAUCAGAAGCUUUACAAAAAACAUUGGUUGAUACAAUACAGCUUGUACAGUCGUUAAGAAGUUUUCUGCCACCUCCACAUAUUCCUGUUUCAAGCUGGAAAAAUGAAGAUAAACAUCGAUUAGAUCAUACGGGUACUCCUUAUCUCCCAUCAUUAAAGACUGGAGGUUUAGAAGAGUUAUGUGAACAACGCAAGUUAGACUAAACAUAUGUCUUCGCUUUUUAAGCGGCAGACUAAGUUUUGUCUUUGCGCUCUAUGAUGUUCUAGUCAUGUGGUGUUUAUGGGUUAGAUGGGUGUUUUGUAUUUAAACAACCCGAAGGAUUGCUCAAAUGUUGUUGGCGUUUAGGACUUCAAAAUACUAAGAGACAAAACGAGUCAUGCGUGGACUGUGAUAAACGUGGGUAGUGAAAAUAAAUUUAUAUAUAGUCAAUCGAAAUUCACACCGUUAUUUCAUAUUCAAAUUAGCUUUAUUUCAUUGUUUUAAGUUUUUAUGAAUUUUUAUAAUCUGCCUAUGAGGCUUAUUUAAAUUAUAAUUGUGGAGCAAGAUAGUUUUGAAUUAUCUAUCUUAUAAUAAAUAAUUUACAUAUUAUAAAUAUGUAUUAUAAAAUGGCAUUUAUAUUUUAUUGUUGUGCAUUGAUUUAAUAUCUCACCACUUGUGUUCCAAUGAUACCUGAUCAACAUUAUUAUGAAGAUGUUUUUUGUUAUAUGAGUAAAUUUUAUGUAUGUAUUGGAAGUUUACACAAACUAUAAAUAUUAAAUUUAAUCUUGCAUAUAAAUAUGAAAGAUUUACUAAUUAAACAUUGUUAUAAAUACUCUAAAUAUGAGAGUAUAUAUAAGCAAUCAUAAUUCUUGUUGUUACUUGACCUCGCAUUAUUUAAUUUUUGAAUAUUUAUUCUAUAAAUUAUAGGAUAUUGUUUUGAUUUAAAUGAAAUAAAUUAACAAAAAUUAUCGAGUUAAAAUAAAUAUUUAAUUACUAUAUAUACGUAUAUAUAUAGUUUUUUAAAAAUUACUCUAUAUAAAUUAUUGUUUAUUUAUAAAAAUAGAUCAAACAUAUAUUGUUGUUAUGUCUAAUAUUAUUAUCUGUCAAGUUAAUGUUAAAACUUACAAUAAUUUAUAAGCUUCAUGGGCAGUAACAUGCGGUGUGCACAUGUAAAAAAUGAAAUUAUUGGUCAAUUUAUAGAUAUUUUUCAAUAAAUAAAUUAUUUCAUUACUAUAUACAAUUAAAAAAAGAAAAGAAUAAAGAAUUACAUUAUUAAAAAAUGUUUGUAGCGUGAUUUGCACCAAUGCUCAAAAUUUUCUCUCUGUGCACUGAUAUUACUUAUAAAUGGUAUUAUCUUUGACAACCGCGAAAUGCGUAAUAAACUAAGAAAAAAAAAAGAGAGAAAAA